AUGUUUACUCUUUUCCCGCAUCUCCCCCCUGAACUUCGCGAUGAAAUCUGGUACCUUGCCCUAUCAGAACCCCGGCCACCAGGAAUAUGCCACUGGAAGAAAGGCUGCUGGAUCCCAAAAUACCUUACCCCAGAAGAAGCGGAUUGGUCCGACGACGAUCCUAACAACAUUCGCUUAGAGUUCCGCUACGACAAGUUGGCAACAUCAGUUCAUAUACCGAUCGUGGAUGUCAACCAAGAAGCGCGCCGUGUUGCACUAGCUUGGGCCGGCGAUAACAACAUCAAGAAUCGAUACAUAAACGGCAAAUAUGAGUUCAAGCGCAGGAUGAACAAGGACAGAGAUACUGUCUACCUCCCCAACAAUAAGAUAGACGCCGCUGAGAUAGAGGCUAUCGAUCGUGGUUUUGAACCAGAUCUUAUCGACCGGAAUCACACCGUGGCAACGUAUAUUACAAGCUUGGCAGUACCGGCAAGAUAUAUGCGGACCGCCGACGAAACACCUUACUCGUGGGAAUGGCACGAGAAUCUUGAAAAGAUAUACGUCAUUGUUGGAAAACAACCCGACGGAGAUGAUCAGUGGGAGAUUGAUACGACGAGAGGAACAAGCCUAUUUUGGACAAGGGACACCGGCAAAUUUAUUCCCCAGCUAGGAGCGGAUGAAUUUUGCAGUAGGGAUCUUUUGAAGACGAUCGUGGAGGAUAAGAUGGAACUUGGGGCUGCCCUCAUGCGCUGUCAGGGACCGGCGAAGAACACAUUUGAGAUUCGUGUAUGCUCGGUGAUAAGAAGGGAAGAAUCAACCAGGCCAGCACAAGGAUUGACGCUCGAGAAGCGGCUCAGCAGAGUCGAGGCUCUGCUGCAUACUUCGACAAAGCCUCUGAUCAAGCCACCGGCUCCUACUGCAGUAUAUCCUACCGGUUCAUGUUCUUCAGCAGAUAACAGCAGUGCCAGUCGGAACUUACUGAAAAGUCUUGCUGUUCCUGGCCAAUCCGCGACACUCCUCCACACAGUUUCUAGACCCAGUAUCGCACCACCAGAGACCGGAUCGUCUAGUUCCCAGAGUGAAGGCGCGUUACGACCGCGAUGGAAAAAGAUGAACGAGAUCCCAGUGCUUAGACUCUCCGAGGACAGAGUAGCUUGGCUAAAGGAAGCCAUUUCCGAUGACUGUUCUUGGCAGCGUGUCUUUAUCCCCAUGUUCUCCAAGCCCGAAGUUCUUCUGGUCGUGGAAGCUUACCUCGACGAGGUUAACCCUAUCAUAUCGCUAUUCGACCGCCGGGCAUUGCUCACGCGAUGCGACAAUGAAUUCCCUUUGGACAGUGAUACAUGGGAUCCUGCCUGGUGGGCCUGUCUAAAUGCCAUUGUCGGCAUUGCUAUCCAGAUGAAGACACUCAGCAGUGCCUUCGAAGCGGUGGGUCGCAUAUCAUGGAGCUUCUUCAAAAACGCAUUUGCCGUCUUUCCUCGACUAAUCCAGAACACUCCCACUCUCAUGUCGAUAAAGGCCUUGCUGUCCAUGGCCAUGUUUUUGAGUGGCACAACUGAUAGCAAGACCAUGAUGCUCCUUCUAUCCUCAGCAACUAAGCAGUUCAGGAUGCUGAGUGGCCUAGAUUCAUUCCAAGAGCCCGUAGUAGUCGAGGAUAAGCAGUGGACUAUUUCAGUGGCGUACUUACUCGAAGAGACAUGCUUUUCGAAUUGUGGUUUUCGUCUCGCAACCUCGAACAGUAUCUCCGAAAUACAAUUACCACAGAAAAUAGAACAACAGCGUACUGCAGGGGUGGAUCAUGGGACCACUUUCUGGCCCAGAGUUGAACUGGCCAUCAUUGAAUCCAAGGCGCAGAAGCUCCUUCAAAAAGCAAGGUAG